AUGACCCCCGCUAUCCGAAGUAAACUGACGAAUCAACCGCUGAGCGUCCUGUCAACCGUGUACUCCAGGCGAAAUGAGUGUUGAAGAGAGAUUUGCUUUCCUGGCAGAGUGGUAUGACCCAAAUGCAGCACUCCUUAGGCGUUACCAACUUUUGUUUUAUCCUAGGGAUGGAUCAGUUGAAAUGUUUGAUGUAAAAAAUCAACGUAUUUUUCUCAGAAGGACGAAAUAUGAUUGUCUACAUUUAGAAGAUCUUUUUGUGGGGAACCGUCUGAACAUUUUUUCACGUCAACUUCAUUUAAUAGAUUAUGGAGAUCAGUAUACAGCUAGUAAACUGGGCAGCAAAAAACAGAGAACACUUGCUAUGAUCAAGCCAGAUGCUGUUGCCAAAAUGGGAACAAUAAUUCAACUAAUCAACGAUGCAGGUUUGACCAUAACAAAGGCUAAAAUGACAACUUUUUCAAGGAAAGAGGCAGUGGAUUUCUAUGCUGAACAUCAGUCAAAGUCUUUCUUCAAUAAUCUCCUUCAGUUUAUAACUUCUGGCCCAAUCAUUGCCAUGGAGAUCUUUGGAGAUGAGGCUGUGGCAGCUUGGAGGAGACUCAUUGGGCCAACAGACUCAAGUGCUGCUCGAACUGAGGCACCAGACAGCGUGAGAGCAAAGUUUGGCACAGAUGGAACCAAAAACGCUGCACAUGGAUCAGAUUCAAUUGCAUCAGCAGCUCGAGAACUAGAGUUUUUCUUCCCAUCCACUGUUGCCCAUGGACCAAUUAAUACUGCAACAUACCAUCACUGCACAUGUUGUAUUAUUAAGCCACAUGCUGUUGCAGAAGGAUUAACAGGAAAUAUCCUAAAUGCAAUCCUUGAUGCAGGAUUCCAGAUCACAGCUUUACAGAUGUUCAGUAUGGAUCGUGCUAAUGCAGAAGAGUUUUAUGAAGUUUACAAAGGAGUUGUUGCUGAGUAUGUUAGUAUGGUGGAGGAGUUGUGUGCUGGGCCUUGUAUUGCACUUGAAAUCUGUGGCCCAGAGGCACCCAAAGCAUUUAGAGAAUUCUGUGGACCAGCUGACCCGGAAAUAGCCCGUCACUUGCGUCCUCAAACUCUGAGAGCCAUCUUCGGGAAAAACAAGCUCAAGAAUGCAGUUCACUGUACGGAUCUACCAGAGGAUGGACUUUUGGAGGUUCAAUACUUUUUCAAGAUUCUGGAUGGAUGAAGACAUCUGGCAUGACCCAACUCCAAUACAAUUGCUGGAUUUUGUUUGUGCACUUUAUACAAUUUCUUUACAGAUGGAACAAAUAAAUAAGGACAUAAUGUCAGACCAACUUGUAAUUUUUCCUUUUUAUUUUCUUGAUAUUUUAACCUUUUUAAAUAAAUGAUCGACAGGAGUGUUGGGACCCCUGACAGGUUUACAGAUGUUAAACA